AUGUCAAUUCUUCCACUCCCCAGGUCGCCCAAUCCAGCACCUGCGCUCCCAUUCAAUCCCCCACUCAAGAAGCCUGAAGUCAUCACCUGCACUCGGUUCAAGCAGCUCCCACUCAGCACUGUCCUGAAACAUAGCCCUCUAUUCAUCAAGGAAGAAGAAGAAGACGAGGAGGAGGAGGAGGAAGAAGGAGGAGGAGGAAGAGGAAGAGGAGAGAGAGACGGAGAACUCACCAUCAAUGGGAGCAUCAGCGACUCUGAUGUGCGAAAGUACUCCCAACUUAUCCAUUCUUAUAUAAACAACAGAGCACUCGAGGAAGGCCGAAAGCUCCACCUCCAGCUAGCCUCGAAAUGCAGCCCCCUGCUGAGGCACCCGACCAUUCAGGCCAAGCUCAUCACUCUCUUUUCACUCUGCCGCCAGAUGGCCGACGCCCGCCGCGUCUUCGACAACGGAAACAGCGACGACCCAUGUGUCUGGGCUGCCAUGGUCACCGCCUACUCCGUCAACAGCCUUCCUCACCAGUCCCUCCGCGUCUUCGCCCAGAUGCAGCACCAACGGUUCCUCCUUCCCGACAGCUUCGCCUUCUCCUCCGCCCUUAAGUCCUGCGCUCAAUUGUCGGACCUCCGAUGCGGCCGAGCGGUCCACACGCAGAUCCUGAAGCGGCCGGAGGCCGCCGAUGCGGUCGUUGACAACGCCCUGAUUGCCAUGUACAUGAAGCUCCGGUGCUACCGAGAUGCUCACUUGCUUUUCGGCGGCAUGCCUCGACGGAACAUCGUUUCAUGGAACUCGAUGAUCGCGGGGUUUGUGGAAGGGGGUCUAUUCAUGGAGGCGAUUGAGCUGUUUGGGAGGAUGCAGAGGGAGGGAAUCGGGUUCAAUUGGACGACGCUCACCAUUGUUUUGCCGGCGUGCGCUCGCUCGACGUCGCUUCAUUGCGGGAGGGAGAUUCACGCCCAGAUGAUCAAAGCCAAAAGCAAGUCGUACCCGGACGUCUCGGUGCAGAACGCACUAGUCGACAUGUACGCCAAAUGCGGCGACAUGGAGCGCGCCCGGCUGCUGUUCGACGGAAUGGUCAGGCGCGACCUCUCCUCUUGGAACAUCAUGGUGGCUGGGUACUCGAUCAAUGGCCGCACCGACGAGGCGCUGAGGAUGGUGGACAAGAUGGUGGAUUCGCAGGUCCUCCCGGACGCCAUCACCUUCAUCGCCCUCCUUUCAGGCUGCGGCCAGACCGGCUACGUGAACGAAGGGCUGAAGCAGUUCGAGCGGAUGGAGCAGGAAUUCGGGAUGAGGCCCUCUGUGGAGCACUACUCGUGCGUGGUGGACCUGCUGGGCCGAGCCGGGAGGAUACACGACGCCGUGGAAUUGAUCCGGCGAAUGCCCAUGAAGCCAUCGAAGAGCGUCUGGGGCGCUUUGCUCAACGCAUGCAGGGUGCACGGAAACGUCGAGCUGGCCGAGAUAGUGGCCAGCCGGCUCUUCGAGCUCGAGCCCGACAACCCGGGGAAUUAUCUGUUGCUGGCGAACACGUACGGGACAGCCGGCCGGCGCGGCGACGUGGAGAGGGUCAGAAGGAGGAUGGAAGAGAAAGGGCUGAAGAAGGAGAUUGGUUGCAGCCAGAUUCUGGUAGGCGGUAGGAUUCACACUUUUUCGGCGUCGAGCGGCCGUGAACUGUGCAGCUCCAAGGAAUUCCAAAACUUGUGCAGCCAACUGAAAGAGGCGGCGAAGGAUUUGGGCGAGGGUGUGGUGCUGCCAUCGUUGGCAAAUGAACAAGGGGAGGCAGAGAACUGGGUCUGCGACCACAGUGAAAGAUUGGCACUGGCGUAUGGCUUAAUUCACACCGGUCCAGGGAUGCCCAUCAGGAUCACGAAGAACAUUAGAGUGUGCAUGGAGUGCCACAAUGCGGUGAAGGUCAUUUCGAGGAUCGUGAAGAGGGUGAUAGUUUUGAGAGAUGGAAACAGGUUCCACCAUUUUGCAGAUGGGGCGUGUUCUUGUAGAGACUAUUGGUGAUUUGUAAAUUUCGUAUUGUAAGCCAUAGGUGAUAAUCGACAGUGUAAUUUUUUCUGUUUUCCCUUCUUGUCCAGCUGUGCCGCUGCAUUCGGAUGUUGUAUAUCUGCUGACCCAUUGGUAAAGAUGGUUUAUUCAGAGGAGAAGAUCCAAGUGAGCAUAGGGAAGGGUGUCGGAUACAAAGAAAGUCAUGAAAAUCUCUUUCUGUAAUAUUUGCUGUCAGAGGAUGAUCUGCCUCGACAUGAUUGCGAAAUUGGUAGGCUUCCUGCUGAUCGAACGGUUAGACGUGCUUCCCUGAUCUUUCACUCUGCAGUACAAGAAGCUUAUGCUUUCAACUUGCAACACUUUGGAGUUUGGACAACGUAACGAGUCGAUCUUCUGUUGGAUCUUUUUUUUCUAAAGUGCUGGCGAGAUUCUAGUGUGCAACCUUGGAAGAACAGUCCAGCAAGAGCUUGAUGAGCAGCUACCAAUGGAUUCUGAUGUUCGAAAGAGAACAUGGAUGGAUUAAAGAUAAAAGAUUCAUUCUUCAAGAAGUGAAAAGCCCAACCUUCUUGAAAAGGGAUACUGUAAAAAGGUUUUAGCUGCCGGAACUUUGAGUGACAAUCGAAUUUCUCGUUGCAAAUGCGACUAGAAAGCCGACUGAAUGGACGAGCCCAGCUCUGGUGGAUUCUGUUCUUUAGCCUCUAUCACGGUUCCAAAAUGUACCAUGGAAAGCUCUCUGAGUGAACAUAGAAUGCGCAAAAUUGCAGUCCCCACUGUUCGGAUUGAAUGGUGAGGAACUCCGAACAUGGGGUUGAUGCUGUCGGGGUCGGAGUCUCUUGAAGAUGAAGUUCCAUUUUAAGGAAGGACUCGUGGAGCUGUUGGUGAGGUGUGAUAGUUAUCUCGAAGAAGGAAAAUUCCUUGCUCAUGGCCCCAGUUAGAGUGGGAAACAGAUAAAGAUGACACCAUGAAGAUGCUGAUAGACAUAAGUUUCGAUUGAUUUCUUGGUGAUUGUUGGAUCCUUUGCAAUUGUAAGAAACAACGAUGACA